AUGUCGCUCGACAGUUUGUCUCCAGAGUUGGAGCCACAGAGAUCGAGAAAGAAGAAGGAGGUGUCAAAAAUGGACCAGGUGGAUCGUUUUUCGCGUGUUUCCCUCCGACUUGCACUUCUCGCUCACAGACAUAUUAUUUUCUCUUUUUUCUCAUUUAUCUCUUUAUCGCUCUGUUCUCUCUCUCGUACUGUUUUACCCUUGCGCCUGUCCCGACACUUUAUUCCCUCUCAUUCACCAUUUCUCUUACCGCGCUCUCCUUCCCCUCCCUCUGUCCCUAUCCUUACCCCUGCCCCAGCACUAACACUGCUCUUUUUUGCUUCAGUUCCCACUCUCCUGACUCUGGACCCGAAAACGGCGAACGCGCACCUCAUCCUGUCCCGGGAUGGCACGGAGGUGCGAGUGGGUGACAAGCAGGAAGACAUCCCGGACAAUCCGGAGAGGUUCAGUCGCUGGCUGAGCGUCCUGGGCGCCGAGGGCUUCAACUCGGGCAAGCACUGCUGGGAGGUGGAGGUGGGCGACAGCACCGUCUGGCAGGUGGGCGUGGCCAAGGCUUCUGUUCCCCGCAAGAGAGGUUUCGCUCCCUUCCAUUGGCAGGAGAGCCGGAAGUUCUUCGCCCCAGAACCCCAGGCUGGUGUCUGGGCAUUGGCUCUGCAGGACGGAGACUACACUGCACUGACAUCGCCUCCCAUUGAACUGCGUCUGAAGGGAAAGCUGAGGAAGCUGGGGGUUUAUCUGGACUAUCCUGCAGGCCAGGUGUCAUUUUACAAUGCCGAUGACGUAUACCACCUCUACACUUUCAAAGACAAAUUCAUCGAGGAGAUCUUCCCUUACUUUUAUAUCGCUCACAAGGGGGACUCCCUGAGACUCACCACACUAGGCAUCUGAGGAACAUCUCCGUGGAAUGCCCUCCUCUCUCGCUCCCUUCCCCUCGCUCUUCCCUUCCCUCUCUCCCUCUCUCUAUCUCUCACCCUCUCUCUUCCCCCUCUUUCCCCCUCCCUCUGUCUUUCUCUCACUCUCUCUCUCCCCCCUCUUUCCCCCUCCCUCUCA